CAAGCAAAAAACCAGCACUCAACACCAUUUUCCUACUUUCACGAAUCCAAACCCCUAUAUAUCUACCCAUUCUCCCGUGCUACUUCUUCACUCCCUCCAUCCGUCUUGUUCUCUUCCACCGCCACCACUUUUCACUGUCAUCAUGGACACUUCUUUGAGCAACCCGGAGAAGAUCAACCCCACCAACACCAAUGUCGCAUGCCCCGCCGGAAACGGCUCCGUCUCCACCGUCCAAGGCUCCCAUCAGAGCCCUGCCGCCAACCCCGACGCCACCCUCGGCCGCCAUGUAGCCCGCAGGUUGGUGCAGAUCGGGGUGGAGGACGUUUUCUCCGUGCCUGGAGACUUUAACCUUACGCUUCUCGACCACCUGAUUGCCGAGCCGGGGCUGAACAAUAUUGGCUGCUGCAACGAGCUUAAUGCCGGGUACGCCGCGGACGGGUAUGCCAGGGCGCGGGGUGUUGGGGCCUGCGUGGUGACGUUCACCGUCGGUGGACUGAGCGUGCUCAAUGCCAUCGCCGGGGCGUACAGUGAGAACCUGCCGCUGAUCUGUAUCGUUGGAGGGCCGAACACAAACGAUUACGGGACGAACAGGAUUUUGCAUCAUACCAUUGGGUUGCCGGAUUUCAGCCAGGAGUUUCGCUGUUUCCAGACCGUAACUUGUUAUCAGGCUCUUGUAAAUAACUUGGAUGAUGCACAUGAACAAAUUGAUACAGCCAUCGCCACAGCUCUAAAGGAGAGCAAGCCAGUCUACAUUAGCAUCAGCUGUAAUUUGGCCGGAAUCCCUCAUCCAACUUUUGCCAGAGAACCUAUCCCUUUUUCCAUCUCACCAAGAUUGAGCAACAAACAAGGGCUAGAGGCAGCAGUCGAUGCAGCGGCCGCCUUCCUGAACAAAUCAGUGAAGCCAGUCAUGAUAGGAGGGCCAAAACUCCGAGUGGCAAAGGCUUGUGCUGCUUUUGUGGAACUGGCAGACGCCUGUGGCUACGCCCUGGGCGUGAUGCCCUCGGCAAAAGGGCUCGUCCCGGAGUGUCAUCCCCAUUUCAUGGGCACGUAUUGGGGGGCAGUUGGCACUCCCUUCUGCGGUGAGAUUGUGGAAUCAGCCGAUGCCUACAUCUUUGUAGGCCCGAUCUUCAAUGAUUACAGCUCCGUUGGAUACUCACUCCUCCUCAAGAAGGAGAAAGCAGUCAUUGUGCAGCCCGACCGUGUUGUCAUAGGCCACGGCCCUACAUUCGGGUGCGUGCUGAUGAAGGACUUCCUACAAGAGCUCGCCAAGAAAAUCAACAAGAACACAGCUGCUUUCGAGAAUUACAGGCGUAUUUACGUCCCUGAAGGCCAGCCUCGCAAGAGUGAGCCUAAAGAGCCAUUGAGGGUCAAUGUGCUUUUCCAGCACAUACAGAAGAUGCUGUCAUCGGACACUGCAGUGAUCGCUGAGACGGGGGACUCGUGGUUCAAUUGCCAGAAGCUGAAACUGCCUGAGGGAUGCGGAUACGAGUUCCAGAUGCAGUACGGCUCCAUUGGAUGGUCCGUCGGUGCUACACUCGGCUACGCACAGUCCGUGCCCAAGAAACGUGUCAUUGCUUGCAUCGGUGAUGGGAGUUUUCAGGUGACUGCACAAGACGUAUCGACAAUGAUUCGUUGCGGGCAACGUACCAUAAUUUUCUUGAUAAACAACGGCGGAUACACCAUUGAAGUCGAAAUCCAUGACGGGCCAUACAAUGUGAUCAAGAACUGGAAUUACACCGGACUGGUGGACGCCAUCCACAACGGCGAGGGAAAAUGCUGGACGACAAAGGUGUACUGCGAGGAGGAGCUUAUUGCAGCGAUUGAAACAGCUACGGGGGAGAAGCAGGACUGCCUGUGCUUUAUAGAAUUGAUAGUUCACAAGGACGAUACUAGCAGAGAGCUUCUUGAGUGGGGAUCCAGGGUGUGUUCUGCCAACAGUCGCCCCCCCAACCCGCAGUAAAUUACGUUAGUCUUUUGGGAAAAUCAUCGAUUAAAUUAGAUUUAGUUGAAUCAAAUCAAUCCUACAUUUACUGUAUAAUUAAUUUGAUUCAGAUUGGAAUUUCCCUAGAGCUUUGAUACAUGAGCAGUAGUUCAUGAACAGCUAGCUACCUGUGUAGAUGAGGAGUUUUAUGAUGAAGUGAGAGGACAUUCUUGAAUUUCUCGAGGUUUUCGAUGAAGGCAAUAAGCAAACUGUUCUUCCAUUAUUGUCGUGAUCCAAAUGAUUGAUAUCGAAAAAUUGAUUCGAUCAAAUUUAA